CAUCAUCAGUGCUGCGUCUCCGAGAGUUAAAUGGGGUUUACUAUUUCCUGACGUCGUUCCCUAAUUUAUCUUGGUUAUUCAUGAUCUUUAGCGGUCAGUAACCAUCCGCCGCGGUUCUGGCCAUUAUUGCCAGGCGCCAUAUCUCCGCAGGGACCCUUGUGUUGUUUUCUUCUGCUAUUAAUACCAUCUCUUCAGAGCUGCAAAAAUGCCUAGUGCGCCAAAACAACGCAAGAUAGCUAUUGUCGGCAGUCGCUCCGUGGGCAAAUCCUCACUUACGGUUCGGUUUGUUGAACAUCAUUUUGUGGAGAGUUAUUACCCGACGAUUGAGAACACCUUCAGUCAAAUCAUCAAAUACAACGGUCAGGAUUAUGCAACAGAGAUAGUUGAUACAGCCGGUCAAGAUGAGUACAGUAUAUUGAACUCAAAACAUUUCAUCGGGAUUCAUGGAUAUAUUAUUGCCUAUUCCGUGGCGUCCCGCCAAUCUUUUGAUAUGGUAAGGGUCAUCAGGGACAAGAUACUGAAUCAUCUCGGAGCGGACUAUGUUCCCCUGGUCGUUGUGGGGAAUAAGAGUGACCUCAAGCCUGAACAGCGCCAAGUUUCCUUAGACGAAGGCCGACAGUUAGGUGAAGAGUUUCGCUGUGCAUUUACGGAAGCUAGUGCUCGUCUUGAUUUCAACGUUGCGAGAGCUUUCGAGUUGAUGAUUGGGGAAAUUGAAAAAUCCCAGAAUCCAUCUCAACCAACUGGUGGUAACAAAUGUGCUUUAAUGUGA